AUGGUCCGCUCUACCAUUAUUGUACGCGCGUCGGACGCGCUACCACUCGCGGCCAGUGUCGACGACGAGCAGACCGAACAGAAGCUGUCCGAGCAGAAACAGCAAGCCAAGCUUAUAUUCCGCCGCAUAACACCCCAAUCCGAGUCGAAACUCUCCAUUGAGAGCGGGGCGUAUACACUCCACUAUCUCAUCGCAAACAAUGUCGUAUAUUUGACUAUCGCCGAAAAAUCGUACCCUCGGAAACUUGCUUUCUCGUAUCUGGACGAGCUCUCGAAGGAGUUCUACGGGUCAUAUGGCGCGAAGGUUGAGGAGACAAGGAAACCAUAUGCGUUCGUGAGCUUUGACACCUUCAUGUCGAAGACCGCGCGGCUAUACAGCGAUACUCGGACAGCAAAUGCGGCAGGAGGCUCUGGCCUUGACAGGCUGAAUGACGACUUGCAAGACGUGACGAGGAUCAUGACGAAGAACAUGGAGGAGCUUCUUUGGAGAGGGGACUCUCUGGACCGCAUGUCGCACCUAUCAACUUCUCUGCGCGCGGAGUCCGAGAAGUACCGGAAGGCGGCCCGCAACAUCAAUGUGAACGCCAUGAUUCGGCAGCUUUGGUAG